ACUGUGUUCUCACUUGGUUUUGAUUUUCUUCUUAAAUAUGUUUUCACAGAGGCAUUACCACUAUCUCUAAUUGGCCCAGGCUUGGCCAGCAGCAAGUCCAUCUUCAGAGCCAUCAGGGAUUGGCUCUGCCAGACAUGGUGGAAGCUUCUGCCAGCUUCUCACAGAAGCCACCUCUGUGGCCCCCCCCUCCUACCAAACACCAGCCCAUUCAAAACCAACACAGCAGCCAUCCUCACCCAGAGCUGGGUAGUGGAGAAAUGGCCUUGAGGUGCCCAUGGUUGACAAAAUGGUUUCUCCUGCCCCCACUCUUCCACCCCCAGAUUGAGCAGAGGAUUGAGCCGGCCAAGCGAGCAGCUCACAGUGUGUCCAAGAGGCUCCAAGCCUGCCUGCAGGGACAAUGUGGCUCCGAGAUGGACAAGCGAGUGAAGAAGCUGCCUUUGAUGGCUCUGUCCAUGGCGAUGGCUGAGAGCUUCAAGGACUUAGACACAGAGUCCAGCCUUGGGAAAGCCCUGGAGAUGGGGUGCUGCAUACAGAGCUCACUGGCCAAAAUCGUCGCUGAGUUUGAGAUUGCCCUGGAGCACUACGUCCUGCAGCCACUCAACAAGCUCAGUGAGGAGGAGCUCCCCACCAUCCUGAAGCGCAAGAAGACCCUCCAGAAGUUGAUUUCUGACUGGAACACAAUCAAGAGCCGGCUGAACCAAGCUGCCAAGAGUUCCAGUAACAGCACUGGAGCUGGUGCUGGCCCAGGGGCAUCCUCUGCUGCCAACAAACUGGAGAUCUUGAAGGAAGAAGAGGAGGAGGUGAAGAGGAAGGUGGAGCAGUGCAAGGAUGAGUACAUGGCUGACCUCUACCACUUCUCCACCAAAGAGGACAUCUAUGCCAGCUACUUCAUCAAACUAUUGGAAAUCCAAUCCCAGUACCACCGGCAGUCACUGGAAUCUCUGGACUCAGCUCUUGCAGAGCUGAGGGAAAGCCACAGACAGACAGAGCCUUCCUUCACAACAGACACCCCAGUGGCGGGGUACUAUGGAGUGUCCCUAGAGACACACCUCAAGAGCUUAGGCCGGGAGAUUGCGCUUCCCAUUGAAGCCUGUGUCAUGAUGCUGUUGGCUUCUGGCAUGAAGGAGGAGGGGCUCUUCCGGCUGGCAGCGGGCGCCUCAGUGCUGAGGAAGCUGAAGAGCAGCUUGGCCAGCGGCUCCAAUGCCCUGGAGGAGUUUUACUCCGACCCCCAUGCUGUGGCUGGUGCACUGAAAUCCUACCUGCGGGAGCUACCCCAGCCUUUGAUGACAUUCGAACUCUAUGACGAAUGGGUCAAAGUGGCCAGCUUAAAGGACAUUGACAGCCGAGUACAGAGCCUGAGAGACACCUGCAGCCGCCUGCCCCAGGACAGCUACAACAAUCUGAGGUAUCUGAUCAAGUUUUUAGCCAAGCUGGCUGAACACCAGGAGGUGAAUAAAAUGACCCCCAGCAACAUUGCCAUUGUGCUGGGCCCAAACCUGCUGUGGUCACAGCAGAGCACAGGAGAUCCCACGCAACUGGACUUGGCCUCAGUCUCCUCCAUCCAGGCUGUGGUAGAAGCCCUCAUCCAGAAUGUGGAUACUCUCUUCCCUGGAGAGUUAGAUUUCAAUGUCUCAGGCAUGUUCAUGCCACCCACCAACACCGGACUUUGCAAGGCUGCCCCAGUGGAAGAGCCAACUCCUGCGACCCCUCCAGCCAGCACCCCCACCCUUUUGGAUGGAGAGGCCACCUCCAGGGACCCUGAGGCCAGGUCCCAGCCGACAUCCCCAGCACUGCCCAGGUCACCUCCUGAAGCUGCAGGGCCACCAGCUCCCAUGAUGACUGACAGCACCACCCGCAAAGGCAAACGCCCAGCUCCGGCCCGACCCACAAUGCCACCACCGCCUGUGACUCAGCCUCGGAGCACAGCUCCUGCCCAGGCAGCCAGCCCCAAAGCCCUGCCACGACGGACGCCCAGCCGAGCCCCCGGCAUCCCACCGCCACUCCCUCCACAGCCAGCACCCCGCCACAGCCGAGAUGCCUCGCCAUCCCCCAAGCCUUCCGCUGGUGAGGCUGACGCAGUGGCUGCCAUGGACUGCGUGCCAGGAACCACAGAGGAGGGGCAGCCACUGCCAGCAGGAGGAAUCCCCCUGGCCACAUCGGCCCCAGAAGGACAGCCCACAGAGAACUGAACAGGGUGAGGGGCAUGGGGAAAUCACAGGUCAGGGAGAUUGGAUCCAGUGCCACUCUGGGACCCAGCAGGUGCUGUGGAAAUGCAGGCCUCAGGGACAGCAUCUCUUAGUCCUCCUCCUUGUUCCCUUGGCUCACACCACCUGGCACGCUUUGCUUGCCUUCUCUCGCUCUCCUGUCUCCACCUCCCCACACCACCACGUCCCUGCCGGAGCCCAGCCACCAGUGAGGGCCCAGAUCCCUGCCCAGAUCCCCCACUGCAGGCCCAGCCACUGCUUGCAACUCUUGGGCCAUUGUGGGCAGCUUGGCCCCAUGGGGCCAUCUGCAGAUGCUCAUCCAUGAUCCCAGUCCCAUUUUCCCUUAAAAUGCAUUGCCUCAGGAACACA